AUGGUCAGAUUCGGCUCUAGUCUAGCUUUGGUCUCUACCAUCGCUGUAGUCGAAGGUUUUUCUUCUGUUCAGCAAUUCUCUUCCAGAACGCCAAGUUUUGGUCAAUCUCAAUUCUCUGGAACCCAAUUAAAUGUUGCAAGUACCGACCCCUUUCCUCUCUCUCGAAGCAUCACUCCUGAAGGUUAUGGAUUCUCAAGCUCCAUUGGACGCGUACUGAAGGAGGCUGGAAGAGAGGGUGGCUAUUACAAAGCUGCAUCCUCAGAUAUCGUGGCGGAUGUAAUGGACGGAAUCACAAGUGGCGAAGUGGAUGCAGCUCUCGUAUUCGACGACUCGUCAAAGCUGUUGGGUAUUUUUACUGAAACUGAUUACAUAAGGUUUUCAAUGAAAAGAGCCAAAUCUGCAAGCAAUGAAGAAGAAUCGGCAAAAUACCUCGUCUCGCCUGUAGUAGACUACAUCACACCUUCUUCGAAGAUUGUGGCACUUUCUGAAAAGGAUACGGCCAAUGUUGCCAUUGCAGCAAUGAAGCAAGCAGGUGUGCGACACAUGUUGGUAGUGGACAAAGCUAGUAAGGAUCGCCAAAUGGUCGAUGAUAGUUCAGUCUUGGGUGUCAUUAGCAUGCUAGAUGUUAUGUCUUUGGUACAAAAGGAUGAACGAUUGAGUUUGCAAACAAUGGCUAGAAAGUACCCGGGAAUCUCCAACCCUUUUGAUUUGAUGAACGAAGAAAUGAAGUCCCAAGCCAAUGCUGACGCAAGCAAUCCCGAGACGGCCAAGGAAGAUAUUAUCAAAUUUGGAGCUGGGCUUCUUUCCCUUGGAACUGUAGGUCUUUUCUUUUCCCAAUCACAAUGGUUGCACGACCAUGCCGACUUGGCCAUGAUUGCCAUCUUUAUUCUUGGAUACAUUGGUAUUAUCUUUGAAGAAGUCUUCGAGUUCGACAAGGCUGCAGUCGCCCUUCUCAUGAGUACUGGACUGUGGGUGACUUAUGCUGAUUUCUUCCAAAGUGAGGGUCUUGCGUCAGACACCGUGCUUACGCAACUGGGAGAACAGCUUUCGGAGGUUUCUGAAAUCUGUUUCUUCCUUCUUGCUGCUUCAACAAUUGUUGAGGUAAUGGAUCAACACCAAGGAUUCAAGGUUGUGACCAACCAAAUCAAGACUACAUCGAAGAAAAGUCUCUUCUGGACUAUUGGAUUCUUAACAUUCUUUCUAUCUGCUAUUCUCAACAACUUGACCGUGACCAUUGUCAUGUGCUCCCUAUUGCGAAAAUUGAUUCCUCAGAACGAUGAUCGCAAGCUCUUUGGUGCCAUGGUAGUUGUUGCCGCAAAUGCUGGGGGAGUUUGGACCCCGAUUGGCGAUGUGACCACCACAAUGCUUUGGAUCAAUAACCAGCUUUCCACUAUUCCAACAGUUACGGAAUUGUUCCUUCCCUCGUUUGUGUGCUUGGUCGCUUCUCUGGCCUUCUUGGUCGGUCAAGUGGAAGAAGACAGCUCGCUCGCAGACUCAGCCAUGCCAGAACCAACCGAAUUGGCACCGAGAGGUAAACUGGUGUUCUGGAGUGGUAUUGCGAGUCUCUUGAUCGUCCCAGUGUUUGCCGAGUUGACUGGACUUCCACCCUAUUUGGCAAUGUUGACUGGCCUCGGUGCAAUGUGGACAUUGACUGAUAUCAUUCAUAUGGGCGAGGAUGGUGAUCAGAAAUUGAAGGUCCCUGUCGCCCUUGCAAAGUUGGAUACAGCAGGAAUCCUUUUCUUUUUGGGCAUUCUCAUGAGUAUUGGUGUUCUAGACAAGAGUGGUUUGUUGAAAGAACUUGCUGUAUUCUUGAGUGACAACUUGCCCAGUUUGGAUAUCAUCGCUACGGUCAUUGGUAUUGCAUCCGCCUUGAUUGAUAACGUGCCUCUGGUUGCGGCGACAAUGGGUAUGUAUGACCUUGCCGACUAUGGUACCGAUGACAGGCUUUGGCAGUUGAUUGCUCUAUGUGCCGGAACUGGAGGAUCAAUCCUUGUUAUCGGAUCUGCCAGUGGCGUAGCACUAAUGGGACUAGAAAAGGUCGACUUCAUAUGGUAUGCCAAGAAGGCGUCCGUUGGAGCGGCAGUGGGAUACUUUGCAGGUAUUGCCACGUACUUGGCACAGAAUGCUGUUUUGUCGGGCGGAUUUCUUGAUUUCCUACCUCAGGCCGCCGUUGCAGCUGACAUGGCACAGAGUGUAGCUUCCACUGGAAUUGUAAUGUAA